GCACUUCUAAGACAGCAUAUUUAUAAAUAAAAAAGGACUUGAUAAUUUUCUAGUCAUGAUUUGAUACCAUAUUUAAGUAAUGACUAUAAGAACAAUAGCAGUUAGCGUGCUGGUUAAAUGAAGUCAGGAGUGAAAAUGGUUUGUGACGGCGUUGUGUGUGUUCCUAAUGAACAAAGCAUUUGUGUUAGAGAGAGCGCCAAUAGAAUAGAAUUGUGGCGGGCGUCUUGUGUUUCGAACGGUGGCAGAGAAGACGGUCCAAUAGUCAACAGGUGACGUAAAACGUUCUAUCGAAUAGCAGACGAGCGCGUUCGAGACGCCCAAUCAGCGCAGGGCGGAGUUAUGGCUUAAAAAGGCCGCGUUCGAGCGCGCUGUUUAUUCUGUUUUUCUAUCCAUGAAGUACAGAGCUCGACGCUAUGGCAAGAACCAAGCAGACCGCCCGUAAGUCCACCGGUGGUAAAGCACCAAGGAAGCAGCUCGCCACUAAGGCUGCCCGCAAGAGCGCGCCGGCUACCGGCGGCGUGAAGAAGCCUCACCGUUACAGGCCCGGCACCGUGGCUCUGAGGGAGAUCCGCCGUUAUCAGAAGUCUACUGAGCUGCUCAUCCGCAAGCUGCCCUUCCAGCGCCUGGUGCGAGAAAUCGCUCAGGACUUCAAGACUGACUUGCGUUUCCAGAGUUCGGCCGUCAUGGCCCUGCAGGAGGCGAGCGAGGCAUACCUGGUCGGUCUGUUCGAGGACACCAAUCUGUGCGCUAUCCACGCCAAGAGAGUGACCAUCAUGCCCAAGGAUAUUCAGCUGGCCCGCCGUAUUCGCGGAGAACGCGCUUAAACUACAAAUCCGUCUAAUAGACACAAAGGCUCUUUUAAGAGCCACUUCAUCGUCUCAGAAAACAGCAAACUUUCUUUCUUGGGCAGUUUAAGUAUUAGAACGUGGUACAGAGGGAGAAGGAACAGUAAUAAUUAUGUGUGUGUGUGUGUGUGUGUAAAUGAAGUACACGGCUUUCUAUAUCUAUCAACAUUAGAAAAAGGUUGGUUAUUUAUUUUGCAUUUUCAUGAUAAAUAUAGUCCUAUGAGUAUUACAUAAUGUUUGUUUUUAUAGAUGAGCCGUUAAUUGUGGUUAUGUCCGAACAAUACAAUGCACAGUAAUGAGCUGUGUCUGUAAAAUAGCCCAAACCUACCUUCUGUUUCGGGCGGCGUUGUGCUGGAUGGAGCUUGA